AUGGAUGCUCUCCUAAGAGCUGCAAUAAUUGCAAUCGGGCUACUUUGUAUCUCCAAUUGUACCAAAUAUUCCGCCGGUGAAGCAGAUUAUACACUGCUGUCCAAAAUCUGCAAUGGUCAAGAAUUUUCGGAUAUGCGCUGGAUUAACAAUAAGCACUCUGUCCUGAAGCGAUUAAUAGGAAUCACCCCAAAUGCUGGCUUCAAUCAUUACGAGAAGUCUUCGUCUUCCGACCAUAUUGUCUAUGGCCAUGCAGCAUGCAACGGAGAACUCUUGAAAGAAGACUGCCAUUUGUGCCUACUUAGCGCUUACCAGUGGCUAUCCGAUGAUGACUGUCCCAAACGGACCAUGGGGGCUCAAGUUCAUCUCCGUGAGUGUAGAUUUAGGUUUGAAAUUUAUGAUUUUGAGGAUUGA